CCCAUGCCUUAGUGCCCGUCGCGCUCCCGUCUGUCGUCUUACCGCAGUGGUUUGCUCGGCUCUAAAAAGUUAUUAGUUUGGAGUUAGUUCAGCUUCGCAUAAACAUCACAAAAUGCCGAAGAGUGGUUCACGUUCGUCUUCCAAGAAGGCACAAAAAGCCGGAAGCAAUGUUUUCGAUAUGUUCUCACAAAAGACAGUGGCUGAGAUGAAGGAAGGUUUCCAAAUCAUGGACAGAGACAAGGACGGUAUUCUGAACAAUGAGGAUCUCCGGGCAAUUUUUGAUGAAAUCGGUCGCAUCAUCAGUGACGAUGAGAUAGCAGAAAUGUUGGGGGAAGCCGACGGUCCCCUAAACUUCACGAUGUUCCUCAACAUGUUUGCCGAGAAGAACAAGGGCGAGGUCGACGAUGAUGAGGUGAUCAAGAAAGCCUUCUUGGCGUACGCCAACGAAGAAGGUUACAUCGACUGCGACAAUUUCCGCCACGCCCUCAUGACCUGGGGAGACAAAUACACCAGCGCUGAAGUCGAUGACGCCUUCCAGCAUCUACCCAUCGAUGACGACAAUCAAAUCGACGUUGAGGAACUAAUCGGCAUGCUUGUUGCUGGAUCAGGAGCCGAUGAAGAAUAGUUCGUGUAAUUUUUGAUUAGAUCAAAUACGUGAUAUUUACGGCAUCUCAUAGGAAAAUACAGAAACAUGGUAAAAGCGAUACCAUGUUAGAAAUUGACUCGAAGUUCAGUAGUUGAGUCACCUUUGACUGGGAAAAUGCCGUGGUUUGCACAUCUCAACCAUGACGUGACGAGUGAUGCAACGGAGUGGAAAAGUGAUACGAGAGGAAGUUCGGCUUCCUAAUCACAACUAAUUUUAAAAAUCUUCCGUACUUGAAUCAACUAUGAAAAUUUCAAUUUCUUCGUCAACGUCAUCAAUAUUCCCUUCAUAGACGACGGAAUAAUAAGAUAUUCAUAAUAAAAUGUUAACUCCUGAA